UGCAAAUCUUGUUGCCUCCGAGAGGCACUUAGUGAUACAAGAGCUGGGAGGCGGUUCCAGCGCGGACCUUGGACACCCCAGUCGCCCGCCCGCGAGCCUGUUUCUUCCCCGCCGCUGCCGAGGCUCGGAACCAUCCAGCGACCGGCUAGCGGCCUCAGGCCUUGCCAUGGGGAAGACCAACAGCAAGCUGGCCCCCGAGGUGCUGGAGGACCUGGUGCAGAACACAGAGUUCAGUGAGCAGGAGCUGAAGCAGUGGUACAAAGGCUUCCUGAAGGACUGUCCCAGUGGCAUCCUCAACCUGGAGGAGUUCCAGCAGCUCUACAUCAAGUUCUUCCCCUACGGCGACGCCUCCAAGUUUGCUCAGCACGCUUUCCGCACCUUUGACAAGAACGGCGACGGCACCAUCGACUUCCGGGAGUUCAUCUGCGCCCUGUCGGUCACCUCCCGCGGCAGCUUCGAGCAGAAGCUCAACUGGGCCUUUGAGAUGUACGACCUGGACGGCGACGGGCGCAUCACGCGCCUUGAGAUGCUGGAGAUCAUCGAGGCUAUCUACAAGAUGGUAGGCACUGUGAUCAUGAUGCGUAUGAACCAGGAUGGGCUCACACCCCAGCAGCGUGUAGACAAGAUCUUCAAGAAGAUGGACCAGGAUAAGGAUGACCAGAUCACACUGGAAGAGUUCAAGGAGGCGGCCAAGAGUGACCCAUCUAUUGUGUUGCUGCUGCAGUGCGACAUGCAGAAGUAGAGGCUGGUGAGGGGCAGAGCCCCUGGCCAGGAGGGGCAAGGCCACCUCCCAACCUGAUGACCUCUCUGGCUGGCUUUUCCCCAGGGGGAGGGACACUCUAGCCUCACUCUCCAGUCUACCCACUCCACUGCCCAAACCCUUCCUCCCCUCAGUCAAGUUCCCUGAGGGACCACCUAACCCUGUAAAGGAGACAGGUCCUUGGAUAGCCUGUCAUCUAGUCCCAUCCCCGGCCUUGGCCCAGAACCAACAUCUAUUGGCCAUAGGGGAGUUGGCUUUUACCCUAAAAGGCAGAGUUUGGAGGGGGGUUGGGUUCUGCUUUGAAAUCCUGUUGUUCCUGGGAUUGUGCUUUAUGGAAUGGGGUCUCUCAGGGCUCCAAAGGGCCAAAGUGGGUCUGUCCUUUCCUAAGGACUCAGAUCCCUUAAAUGUGGUCUCUGCCCUGCCCCUUUGACUCUGUCUGGUCUCUCUGGCCCACAGCCUUCAGAGUGUUCAUUCAGUCCUUUCUUCAGCUAAUGUUUAUUGAGCACUUAUUUAAUGCCAGGCACCUUUAGGUGCUAAGACUAUGGUAUUUUACAAGACAUAUUCCUUGCCCUCUGGAAGCUCAUAAAGGGGCAACUUCCGGUGGUCACGGUCUCUGAGAGGGUUGUUGUGCCCAGCUGAGAAGAAGUGGGAGGAAGUUUGGCUGGUUUGAAAGGCACUAUUGGGUCUUCCAGCUCCACCCAGGUGGAAAGAACUCAGACAUUUAGGAGCCAUGUGAAUGGAGGUUUUAAGAAAAGUGAAAAUCUAUGUAAUUCUUAUUUUUUUAGUACCCUUUAAAAGAGCCAAAAUCAUCUUAUUAAGUUAGAAUAUUAAAUAUACUCUAUAUUACUUGGUUUCUUAUGAAAAUGAUUAAAUGAAUAUAGAAAUGCUAAUUUUCAGAGGGGGAAAAGAGAGGUAAAGGGGAGGAAAUACCACCGUACCUAACAGAUAACCCUUUGGCGGUGGGAGUCAGGCUGAGUCCUGAGCUGUCACCAUCAGCAGUUUUUGCUGCUUCUGCUGCUUUCUUUUUAUUACCUUUUUCAAUUCAACAAGUGACUCUUUAUUGCACACUUUGGGUGCUGACUUCAGAGACAGAAAUGGCAGCAUUUACCAGGAGUGGGACAAGUGUAUAUCCCAUACAUUGGUGGUUUGUUUCUGAGUUUGGUUUGGUUUCUGGGGUGGGCUUGUUCGUUCACUGCCUCAGAUACAGAAGGAGCUAGAAGAAAAGGACCACCUGGCUAUUGAUUAAGCUCCCAGGCUGCAUUCAUAGACCAAACGCCUAAAACUGUACUGGGUGUGUUCCAUUUGAAAGGCUUUUCUUAACCCCUAGGCCUAGAUCUGCACCUUCCUAGUGCACUGGCUUUGCUUUCUGAUUUUUGAAUCUAUGAGCUCUACAGCUGCAUGCUUUGACUGCCAGAAAAAUUCAUCUUGCUUCUCCAUCAAGUUGUUCCCUUUACUUUCUCCUGUACUUGUAAUCAAAAAUUAGCUUUGAUGUACAGUGACAGUUGACUUCCUCUUGAACUGUUGGUAAAAACAGUCUAGUACAAGGAUGCUGUCCCCCCAGGGUGGGAGUGGGGAAUGACUGCAGAGCCAGGGCAUGUGAUGGUGGGAAAGGUGUCUGCAGGAAAGUGAUGCAGCUUGUCCCUGACUUCCAAAUGCUCACCUGUCCUGACUGUGCAGGUGGAAACUUGAGUAUGCUGACCUAUGGUCCCAAGCGCUAUUGGACCUUCCUUCUUGUGACCCUUGGAGGUUGCAAGGUCACUGGGUUGCCACCUUGUUCUGUCCUGCCUAUGACCAAAUCACAUGGUGAGGCUAGAGAAUUCAUAUCCUCAGAUAGUAGCUAGCAGGUAUUUAUCUAGUAAUGCCUCAAAGGAUGUUCCAUCACUCUCAGGAACUGGGUAUUAGGUGUGUCUUGUGCUGUCAGUCAGCACCACAGAUACAUAAAUGCCCCAUACCCAGACUGAAUCUUCUGGUGAAAAGCUUUUUGCUAAACAGGGUUCCUGCCCUGAAUCAAGCUUAACUCCCAGUCCCAUGGAAUUUCAUGGCUUUCAAAGGUUUUCUUUCUGCCCCAUCUCAUUCAAUCCUCACAGCCCAGGGAGAUAGGGAUCUUCAUUUUUUCUCUCCAGACUUGGAAGCUACAGUUCAGAGGUGGGGGAGCCCUUUGUUCUGGAGCACAUAGUCAGGAAGUGAUAUAAUGCUAGGACUUGAACCCAGGCUCACUAAGAGAAGCAUUCUCUUCCUUGCUCAUUUGCGCGUCUGAUUUGUGCAGAGGCCGGCUGUGGGUUAAGCCAAGUUGGCUUUCGUCUUCUGUAAGCUUUCUGCUAAAGUUCCUGAAGCUAAGGUCUUUCAAAAAGGAAUAGGGACUCAGUUGGAGUGCCCUACAUUUUCAGGCAUCCUGUGUUUGGCUUCUGCACAGUGCUGCUAAUAGGCCAAUGCUAUCCUUAAAGACCUCUGACUGAGAACCCUGGAAAGUGUCUUGCAUUGUCUUUACCACCAUCUUCUUCCCUAGGAGAAUGAUUUUUGUUUUUUCCAAGUUGGUAGGCAAGUCCUACCAAUGAGAGCAUGCUCCACCAGGCUGCUGGACAUGUACCCAUGCAUGGGUGAUGUGUGGUGGUCAGACCAAGGGUUUUCAGACAGCCCAGCAGAGUGAACCCAAUGCAAGGCCAGUGUGAGACCAUCUUCUCAGUGGUGGCAGGGAGACACAGGCAGGCCAGGCCUGGCUCCCACAUUCUUUUGGGUAUCACAAGGACUGUGUGCCCAUGAGCUCAUGUGGUGGAGCACUAGCCCUGCUUUGAGAAGAGGGACAGGCCCUCCAUCUCGGCUUCAGGUCAGAGGUGCUUGCCAUCAAGCAGAGAUUUAUAAUAGCUUACACAGGCACAAAAAUAGUCAGACAGUUAAGUCACUGGUAUAGCCAAAGUCCCCUUGAAAUUUUGUAUCGUCUUACAGCAACUCUGAAUUACGAGGUUCCAGAAUAUGCCUUCUCACGUAUCCUGUCCUCAUUUCAUCUUUUUGGGUUAAUUGAUAGGACUUUUAGUUUUUAUCUCCAAAAGUCAUCAGCACAGGCUUCUUCAGAUGACCGCUCCAGUCCUCAGAACUAUAGUCAGUAUUAUUUAACUUACCUUUGAGUCAAAAAUUCAGAAAAAAUCAGUUCACAAGCAAAGGCACCAAAUCCUUUCUUUUGCCUGGCAAUGGGAAUCCCUAGAGACAGAAAACCACCCUGCUGCAGAGAGAAAAGUUAGUGUGGGGUAGAAAGAGAAUCGGGGAAGAAGUUGGUGUUUCUAGGCAGGUUAUCAAGCUGACAUUGUAAAUAUUUUUACACAGAAAGUUUAUUAAAGCAACAAAUAUUUCCUGAAGAUCCACCCUGGGUGAGGCUUUGUGUUGAUUUUAGAGAUCACUGUAGGCACAAAAAUUCAUUUCUUACAUAUUUUAUUCAUCAUUCUUGAAAAAAGAAAUCAUUCAAAUCUUCAAUUUAAGAGUCUCAGAAAAAUAUAAGAUUUUCUUUCUGAAAACUUCAAGGUUUUCUUUGUAUCUUUGCGGGAGUGUGGGGGCAGGACAGGGCAUCCAGGUGUGGCCCCUUCCUUUAGGGACCAGCCAGUCAGGCCAGGGCAGCAGCAGCAGCAGCAGCAGCAGCAGUGUGCCUGGGGAAGCUGAGGGGCUGUGUGGCAGAAGGGCCCCAACUCACCACGAGUUCCCUGGUGUCGCCCCAUCCACUGAGGAUGUGCUGUGCCCACAGUGACUGCCUCACUGUCCACCCCUGUGCCGUGUGCUGUGUGUGUUUCCCACUGACAAUGAAUAAAAGAUGUGACUGUGCUGAGA